CCCCUUCAUCGUAUAUUUGUAUAUGUGUGAUGUGUGAUGUGGAGUAGCAGGUCGGCUCGCGGGUGACAAGGAACACGAUUAGACUAAAUCGCGGGGUAUAUCGCUGAUCACGGAGCGUCGAGGAAUCGCUCGCCAGGAUGGUACUCAUCGCCGCUGCGGUAUGCACCAAAGCCGGGAAAACCAUAAUUUCUCGACAGUUCGUCGAAAUGACGAAGGCGAGGAUAGAAGGCCUACUCGCUGCAUUCCCGAAACUAAUGAGCUCGGGUAAACAGCAUACAUUUGUAGAAACGGAAUCCGUUAGAUACGUUUAUCAGCCCCUUGAGAAAGUAUACAUGCUGCUCAUCACGACUAAGGCCAGCAAUAUUUUGGAGGAUUUGGAAACUUUAAGGCUCUUCGCGAGAGUGAUUCCAGAAUAUUGCAACUCGAUGGAUGAACUUGAAAUAGCAGAGAAUGCGUUCAAUUUGAUAUUUGCAUUUGACGAAAUAGUUGCGUUAGGCUAUAGGGAGAAUGUCAAUUUAGCACAAAUCAGAACCUUUGUGGAAAUGGAUUCACACGAGGAGAAGGUCUAUCAAGCAGUCCGAAUGACACAGGAGCGUGAAGCUAAGAAUAAAAUGCGUGAGAAAGCUAAGGAGUUACAGAGGCAAAGGAUGAUGGAAGCUAACAAAAAAGGCGGAAUUAAAAGUCCCGGAUUUGGCGGAGGAUACGGAAGCGGCAGCACCCCUGCUACUCCAGCUGUUGGUGAUACAGCUAACUUUGUGCCUGAACCGAUUAGACCUUCUUACAAGCCCAAACAGAAACCAGUCAAUGCCGGACCAGGUGCAAUGAAAUUAGGUGGCAAGUCUCGCGAUGUAGACUCGUUCGUUGAUCAAUUAAAGGAAGAGGGAGAAAAUGUCGUGUCAGGACCCCUUGCUGCUCCUGGAACAAAAUUAGCACAAAUCACUCCUCAGAUAAUUAACACAGAAUUGGUUCACUUGAGACAAGAAGAGCGACUUAACGUACGCAUCGGUCGGGAUGGAGGUGUACAAAACUUCGAGUUGCAUGGCUUGGUGACUUUACACAUCUCCGACGAGAAAUGGGGACGUAUCCGCGUGCAAGUCGACAACAGGGACACAAGAGGAAUACAGUUACAAACUCAUCCAAACGUGGACAAGGAAUUGUUUAGAGCACAUGGACAGAUAGGUCUGAAAGUACCCACGAAACCAUUUCCAUUGAAUACUGACGUCGGUGUGCUGAAAUGGCGUUUUCAAGCUCAAGACGAAGGAGCAUUACCAAUUUCAAUAAAUUGCUGGCCUUCUGAAAACGGAGAAGGUGGCUGCGACGUGAAUAUCGAAUACGAAUUGGAACAGGUCGACCUCGAAUUGAACGAUGUGCAAAUAAACAUUCCUCUACCUAUUGGUAGCAAUCCUAUCGUCAGUGAAUGCGACGGGCAAUAUACGCACGAAGCACGACGAAACACGUUAGUUUGGUCCUUACCGGUCAUCGAUGCUUCAACGAAAUCAGGCUCUAUGGAAUUUUCAGCCCCGUCUUCUACACCUGGAGAUUUUUUCCCACUUCACGUUUCGUUUACGUCCAAAACGCCGUAUGCCAAAAUUAAGGUUAGCGAAGUUUUGCUUGUAGAAGAUGAGAGUCCAGUUAAGUAUUCGGUAGAAAGCGUAUUCUUCACUGAUAAUUAUGAAGUUGUAUAAGACAUCGUGGAUAAUAGCUGAAGUAUUUGCGCAUAUAAGAAUAUGAAAAUAGGCACAGUUCAGUGGAGAGACAGUUGUUACGAUCAACAAUCAAGAUUGACUAUACCAUAUUUGAAUUUUAAUUUUAUUGCCAUACAACCAUUCCUUAUAUGAUCAUUGAGCAUUGAUAUAUGUCGUUUACUAUAUUUAUGUACAUGUAUCAAUUUAAUACGCUAUUUAAUAGCUGUCCGGUGCCGAAUACUUAUACACGUUUGUAAAAAAGAAGAUAUAUUUUAAUUGGACAGAACUUAGUUAUGAUUCAUAUACGCAAAUUUAUCGUAUUUACUUUCUACUCGAUACAUAUAUUUUAGUAUUGCAAUAGCUCCUGCAGAAGAUUGUAUUAUUACCAAAUAUAUAUAUAUCAAAUUUU